AUGGAUCAACAUAUUCAACGCGGCCGGUCGCCUUCGGCUGGCCAUCAAAGCCAACACCAAAACCAACACCAGCAACAUCAUAUAAACCAUUCUCUCUCUCCCUCGCCCACACCCUACCAGCAUAACGAUCCAUCCAUAGGUCUCGGUCUCACUCUCGACCAGUCCGCCCAGCAUUCUUACGAUUCCUUCAAUAAUUCGAAUUUCCUAAGUCCUCAGCAAUCACCUUCUUUUCUCCCUCCUACGCACCAGCAACACCAACAGCAGAACAACUCUUUCGCCCAGGCCAACCUGUCCGACCCCGCUAUCCUCGACCCCAAUAACACCGCUUCAUUCGGCCAACAGCCUGCGCAGCCAGCUUACCUGUCACCCAACCUCAACGAUAACGACUUUUCUCUCUUCCCAAACACCAGUGCUGCCGGCGAUCAAUACAACGCUCCUCUGUUUGACCAGUCUACGCUCAACCCUAACGACAUGAAUACCAUGGCGCAAGGGCAUCACUCGCCUACCCCUCCUCACCUAUUUCAGCACGAUGCUCAGCAACCGGGUUCUGCUCACCAGUCGCCUGCCUUCAACCAGCACCGGUUCUCCUCCCCGCCCAGCCACUCGCGGCAUGCUUCUCUAGGCCCGGGCGACGCUCUGCUCCCAAACCAAAUAGCCGAUUGGAGCCAACCUCAAUUCCAGGGCCAUCGUCGCACACCAUCCGAGUACUCGGACGUCUCGUCGGUUGCUCCAUCGCCCAACCUCGUUAGUGCGGAGUCUUUUGAAACUGAUUUGGGCGGGCACUCGCCUGCUCAUCGUCCUUCAGAUGGCGGUUCAUACCAGGAGUUGUUGAGCAUGGGUAACUUUAGUCUCUCUGACCCUCAAGUCGGUGGUAGUCCUGGUCAUCAGGGCCGUAGUCCUUCUCAUAGUCCUGCUAUUAGUCCUCGCAUUGUUCCUCAGCAGAUGCCCGAUCUGAACCAGUUGAAUCAAAACAGCUUUGGUUUGGCGGCUCCUCACAACCCAUAUGGCAUGCCUUCUAGCUACCCUGACGUCUCAGCGCCCGGUGAGGCCUUUCCUACUCUUCAGCCCUCGGGAGCUGAUCUGUCGUCAAUGGCCCCUCCUGCCAUCAACAUCGAUUUCGCACCUACAAAUGCCAAGCAAGGCGCUUUUGACACUCCUAAAUCGCGUAUGGAUCAGGACUCCCUGACUCCUCCGGACAGAGGCCGUCCUAGAUCUCGUCCUCGUGCAGUCACAGACCCUUUUCACCCUGGCGGAGGCUUGAUGAACCGCCAAGGCAAUGUCAAUAUCCUCUCAUCUUCUUUAGGUGCCGACUUGGGACCGCGAUCAGACUCUCGGUCUUUAUCCCCUCUCGAUAGACAAGCAGGCACUUCACCUUCUAGGAGGAGACAGUCUACUUCGGCAGUACCCAACAAUGUUAUUGCUCUGCGAUUGGCAGACCCCGAGUACCAGAACCCCCAGGACAGCGGCGCCGCCAAACGUGUUCAGAAGCACCCUGCUACUUUCCAAUGCACGCUAUGUCCCAAGCGAUUUACACGUGCUUACAACUUACGCUCACACUUGAGAACUCACACGGACGAGCGUCCUUUCGUGUGUACUGUGUGCGGAAAAGCCUUUGCAAGACAACACGAUCGCAAGCGACACGAGAGUCUUCACUCGGGUGAGAAGAAAUUCGUUUGCAAGGGUGACCUGAAGGUCGGAGGUCAAUGGGGUUGUGGCAGAAGAUUUGCUCGUGCUGAUGCCCUGGGCCGUCAUUUCCGAUCCGAAGCAGGCCGCAUCUGCAUCAAGCCCUUGUUAGACGAAGAGAUGAUGGAGCGUCAAAGGCUAUGGCAAGAGCAGCGGAUGCAACACAAUAUGGCACAGAGCAUGGCGGCUGCAUCCAAUAUGCCAAUGGAUGGCCCUGUUUAUCCUAUGGAUCCUUCGGGCAACCCCAUGCUCCCAGCGGCUCUCCUGGCUCAAUAUCCCGCACUGGCUCAGCUGAACUGGUCGACCCCAGACGUGAAUUCUGGCAUGGAAGACGAAGUUAGCGGCCGUUCAUCUUUCGAUGCCAGCGACUACGAUGAAAACGAAGACGGCGGAUACGUGAGCGGCCCCGGAACAGGGUUUGGCGAGGGCGGUAUGAGUCAAGGCUUUGGCGAGAUGGGAUACGCGAGUGAUUUCGGCGGCCGGUAG